UUCAACGUUGCGCGAGUUAGAUGACCUCUAAGUCUCGUGUGGCAGUUUGUCAAAAUAAAAGCGACAACAGCGCUUACAAUGUGCAAUAAAAGAAAGUGAUUGGUUCCUGAAUUAAUUAUUCAAGAUGGAGUGUUUAGGUACAGAAAAUGAUAGUAAAUUAUCAAACGUUUCGGUCGAUAGUCACACAGAUAUUUCGGAAAAUACGGAACCUUCUGAAUGUAAAAUACCCAAAACAGAAUCUAUAACUAGCAAUUCGACAAAUAAUGAAGAUAUAGAAGAUGUAUUAAUCGACGUAAAGGUUAUUUAUAAUAAAAAUAAAUACGACGUCAGUACGUCUGCGAAUGGUACUGUGUCCGAGUUUAAGAAACAAUUACAGGGUCUCUUGGGAGUGCCAGAUUCGAUGCAGAAACUUAUGUAUAAAGGUCUACUGCAGGAUAAUAAAACCUUAUCUAGUUUAGGUAUAAGCAAAGGUGCUAAAAUUAUGUUAGUGGGGUCUACGUUGAAUGACGUAUUAGCUGUGUCAUCAGUUACAAAGCAGGAUGUUGCCGAGCAAGAAAAGGCAUCAAGUGCAAAGGAACCUCUUUGUAAGCAAAAGAUUCACAGAAAAGUAUUAGAUAAGGGUCUACCAGAGGAUGUAAUGCCUGGUAUUAAGGACUUAAAGGAGAGUUUGCCACCUAUUCCUCUGUCAGGAAUGUUGAAUAAGCAUGGUGGAAAAGUAAGAUUAACAUUUAAAUUGGAAGCUGAUCAGUUAUGGUUAAGUACAAAGGAACGCACAGAGAAGUUGCCUAUGCAGUCUAUUAAAAAUGUAGUUUCAGAGCCUAUUGAAGGACACGAAGAAUAUCAUGUUAUGGGAUUACAAUUAGGACCAACGGAAGCUUCAAGGUACUGGGUCUAUUGGGUACCGGCCCAAUAUAUAGAUGCGAUAAAAGAUGUGGUACUUGGGAAAUGGCAACAAUACUUUUGACUCAGACUAAUACUGCGUUUGAGGCUGCGACAAACUGUUGUUGUCAAUUAUGCAAAUCGAUUGAUUUGAUUGCCUGAAUUGUUUCGAUCCAAAGUAAAUCGCAGUUCUGAUGGGUCCUUUUUGUUCAAUCUUGUUACUCAAUUUAACUAUAAGUUAUUGUUUUUUACUUUGUGAUACAUAUUAGCAUUUGAUACUUCUAAUGAUAUAAAAUUAAUGAAAAUUCAAAAA